AUUUUUGAGCGCGACGGCAGCAAAUACUAGUACUAUUGUUUCUAAACAAUUUCUGUUUGUAGUGUGUGCGUGCGUGCUGUUUUCAAUACAAUUUUAGACUCAUUUCUGGGCACGUGUAUUUAUGACUGUAUAAAUGUAUAUAGUAUCUUUACGGAAAAGAGAGAAUUUUCUGUCGUCUGCAUUGCAUGCAUUUGGUCUGAGCAUAUGUAUGAUAAAAAAUACGAACAGUUGUUGUGUUUUUAUGGCUGUGAACAGGUCAUGUUUGCACAUUAUCUCCUCUGGGGGAAACGGCGGACUUGUAACGUAAUGCAGUGCGGAUGAAAGGAAGUGAAUUGAAUUUUCACGGCGUUAAAUGUGGCUACGUGUGUUGUGAGCGAAAGUGAAGUGAUAUAUGAAAAUUAAUUGGGGAAAUCCGUACAAAAAUAUGCGCAAAGUAAUAUUUAAAUAUUUGUUUAAAUACUAACGUUAUUAAAUGCAGCUAAAAGUCUUUAAUGAUGCUGUAAUUAAGCGCGGUGGUGUACGUGAGAGGACCAACUUCCGUGCCGACUAAACAUUUGGUUUGUUAUCUGCUCGGAAUUAUGAAUUAUAAAUGCGUAUUAAAUGAUUGUUGACAGACCUAAAUGUAAUGAAAUCACAGCAUGCACAUUAUACACCCACCCUCUCCUCAAUGGUCAUGCGACAAUGUAUGGCAUGUCGUGAAUGCACUGCAAUGCAAUUGUGACAGAUAAGACAAAUGAAAAGUUGAUUUCAUAGAAUAUUAAAAAAAUUAAAAUUAUUUUUAUAACAGUGAGGCGACAAGUAUUUUUCCAUACACUGCACUGAGGCGUAUUUUACGCCACAACCCAACAUGCUGACAUACCGGACAUGUCUACUUAAAAAUAAAUAAUAAAUUAAAAAGAAAAUAUUUUAAAACACUUCUUGUAAGAAACCUUCGUAACACAAAUCACUGGAUAAUUAUGAAACAAUAAAUACACUAACAGACAGCGAGAAAAGUAUAAAUCCAAAAAUAAACAAAUAACAAAAACAAAAGUAGAAUCAUUGCGCCAUAACUUUACUCUGCCACCCCGCCAGUCAACCAUAUGUAUUGCUUAUAUUGCCGACAAUUUGUACAAAACAAUAACAAAAACAACAACAAUAAAUAUUGCGAUAACACAAAACUAGCGAUAACAAAACGCGCAGACAGACACAACGUGUGCAACAAAAGCAAAAACUGGAUUUAUUGACAAUUGUUGUACUUAACUUUAAAACAACGACAACAAAAAACAUUAGACUGACAAGAUGCAAGGCGUGAAGCGGGUGGUGGUCUUCUGCAUACUGAUUGUCAUACUGCCGUCCGCUUUAAUAAUCAUACCGCUCUACCUGCGACGCACCGCCUUCGCCGACGUUGUUUACCCCGUCGCCGAAUCGGACAUAAUUGAGAUACGCGAUGGCAUAUCUUCGAUAUUCUGCCAGCAACAUUCGCUACGCAUGAACUCGAACUUCAAUGCAUUUCAAUUGCGCAGUAAACCCGAAGUCUCCACAAAUCGUAAGCAUAUACGACUAAAGAAAUCAAUGACGCUACCGGAUGAUACAUUGGAAUAUUGGGGUUUCUAUCUGUUGAAGGGCGCUAAAGUGCACCUCAAAUUCUGUUCACGCUACGAUGGCUCGCGUAUAUUGGUGGUGAAAGGUCAACGGAACCUCAACACUUGUGGAUUACUCGAUCACAAUCAGAAUAAAUUGGGUGCGAAUUUCGCGCAUGGACACGAACAGGUGAAGGUGUUCUUCGAGGAUAUACGCGAAAUGGCUGACACAUUGCCCGUGGAAGAGGUGGCGGCCGAGAAGAAGUCAGUUGACAAUAAUAUGGAAGAGGAGAAUCAUGGCGGUGAGGAUUCGAGCGAAGACGCGGAGGAAGAGGCCUUCCAACGUGCUAAAAUUGCAGCGGCGUUGGAGGCAGCGGCAGCUGGGCUGGCAGUGCAGCCGCCACUAACAGAAAGUAACACCACACAACCAACCACAACGAAGGCAUCUAAGAUACGCGGCAAGAAAUUGAAGAAGGGCUCAGUGAGCUCGCUGCGUAAUCGCAGACUACCACUAAAUGCGCCAGCUACUGCUUCGACACAUAGGAUAACAAAGCGCGAGAAAUCAGCAGCGGCGAACGCUUCUGAAGCAGCAAUUACACAACGCCACAAGUCGGCGACGGCGCAACGGAAACAGGAAGUGUACGAUAAACUGUACAAGUUGCGACGACGCAGCAAACGCGAACAUGUUUACGAUCGCAAAUACAGUCACGGUGGCAAUGCGAUCAAUUUCACCAUCACUGACGAAUCGAAUUCGGUGUCGAGCUUUGAAACGGGACUCUUCAACUGUUUCAACGGCACCAUACUGCUCGCGGAGGGCUUUGCACCCUCUGCCGAGUGCGUUAAUGCACAUUUUCUGGAGAAUGGUUCACAACGCAUGCUCUCCAAGCAUGAGAUCACCGAAGACGGUUAUUACUAUUAUAUAUUCUACAGCGACAACGAUUUGGUGCGCAACGAUAUACACGCCAUUUUCGAUAUUUAUAAGCCGACAUUUCAAUACUCCAAUCUGAGUGAUGCGCAGGGUUGCGUAAAUGCGACCAACUGCACCUUCCCCAUCGGCUUUCUCUCCGACGAAAUGGUCAUUGUGGAGGUGCCCACGCGCGAUGGCAUCGAACACGAAGAGGACGACAUCACCUACCUGAUCUCAACUUGCCAUCCACGUACGGCCGUCUAUGCGAUCUUCCCCAUAACGGUGCUGAUAUUGAUAUUAAGUUGCUCAUUUUUAUAGAAUCGACUGUACCAAAAGCAAGCUUUUUAAUUAUAAUUUAGCUAAUUAUUAUUUUCUAAUUAAUCUAUAAGUAUAGACAUUACAUAAUGCUAGGCGUGUAAAUUAAUUUUAAACGCAUACAAUCAGAAAUUUACAUAAAAUAGAUAUUUAAUAAAGAAGUCAUCAUUAAACUAAGCGCUUACAAAUUGGCCAUAAACAUACGCGCAUGCGUCCCUGCGUCACAAGAACAAUGAAAUGGAGGUUAAUAACUAUUGUAUAACAUAAAAAACGGUAGAUUGUAGAACGUAUGUAUAUUAAAGAGAGUAAAAAAUUGAUUGUAUUUUUCGAACAGUUUAAAAUAAAAUAUUUUAUAAUGAAAAAGUGUA